AUGGGUUAUUGUGGCAAGCCGAGUGCUGCGUGUGAGCGCUGCCGGCAUCGCCGCCUGAAGUGUGAUUAUAGGACGCCUUCAUGCACACAAUGUGCUCGAGCCGAGGUCAACUGUCCCGGAUACAGAAAUUUGCUAGACAUCAAGUUUAAGGAUCAGGGUGAGGAAGUUAUUCGCAAAUAUCGACCUCCCGCGCGCAAGAAGCGCCCUAUCUCAACGAGUAGCGCUGUGGAGCCUCAGCCGUCAGUUCCAAGUAGAGAACCUCGGGACUCGGACGGUUCUGGAGCACUGCGCCUUGAUAAGACAGCUUCAAUCAUUUCAAGGCCCAAUCCUGAAUACCCUGAGCAAGACAUUGCGAGAAGUUUUCUCUAUGCUAACUACAUGACUGGAGGUCCUCGCUGCGGCCACAUGUCAUAUCUUCUACCGCUGAUGGAGAGCUCACGAAACUCGGCUGCUAAUGCGGCAGUAAACGCCGUCGCAUUAGCAGCCCUAUCAAAUAUUCGCCUUUCCCCCAAGACUAUGCGGAAGGCACAUCAGGAGUACACCACGGCCUUGUCUUUAACUAAUCUAGCCCUACAGGACCCAGUUAUGUGCAGGACAGAUGAUACACUGGCGGCGGUAGUUAUGCUUGGCACAUUUGAAGGAGAAAAAAAGAUCAUGACGUGUACUGAUGGCUCAUUUAUCGAUCGCUGGGUGAACCACAUGGAUGGCGCAACAAAGUUGAUUGAGGUCCGUGGGCCAGAGCAGCUUUCACGGCAAGAAGGGCUGGAGUUAUUCACUCAGUUACGUGCUCAAGUGAGCAUUAGUCGAAUAUACCAGGAACGAUAUAGCUCAUCAGUUUUUACAAAACUAGCCGAAGAUGCCCACCUCGAUCAGAAUCCCGAUGAACAAGUGCUGCACCAGCUUUCUAUUGUGAUUAACCGAUUAACGGACUUUUGCGCCCACUUGAAGAAUGGCUAUAUUGUCAAACCUACGGAGAUCAUCCGCAAAGCGCUGAAGAUCGACGCGGAUCUGGUCUCAUUAAUGAUCAGCGUGCCUCCGUUGUGGGAAUACGCCACUGUAAACGUUCCAAUACUCGAUGGAAAGCCUAUCGUACAGGGCUUCUGGGGUGAUAAUUAUCACAUAUAUCAUACUAUUUCCUCAAGUACCAUCUGGAACAACUAUCGCUCAGCUCGGAUCAUUAUCCAAGAGCUUAUUAUCGAAACCAUCAGGGAUCUGGACACUUUGACAAACGAUGACAUUGGCUCCCCGCAACGCAGCUACUUGGUAAAUCAAACCAGACAAACUGUCCUUCAGAUGGUGGAAGACAUCUGUGCUAGCGUGCCAUACAUCUUGGGUAUGGAAAUAGAAGACUCCGGGCACUUGAAAGUCUCUGCUCUUGGCGCAUCUAUUGCUCAUGGGGUAAAUAUGAAGGCCGCUUUAUCGUCCUUUCAAGUUACUGGAGCAGGCGGCCUCACCAUCAUGUGGCCUCUCUUGGUUGCUGCAGACUCGGUAGUCGCAGGCAGCGAACUUCGCAUAUGGAUUACGGCCUGUUUGGACAAAAUUGGUCAUUCGAUGGGCAUCAAUCAAGCGCUGGCCAUGUCUAAACUGAUACAAGAUGGGGUUGAGUCUCGGGCUUUCUUAUCGCCAGAUUAUCGAGCUCAACUCUACAAACUAUAG